AUGCUGCGCUUUGAUAGCCAGGUCGCCAUUGUCACAGGCUCCGGCGCCGGCAUAGGUCGAUGCUAUGCUCUUCUUUUUGCUGAGCGCGGUGCUAAAGUUGUGGUAAAUGAUUGUAAUCGGGAAGCAGCAGACUCAGUCAUCAUCGAGAUCAAGGCCAAGGGUGGUGCAGCGGUCGCAGACUACAAUUCGGUGAUGGAUGGUGAUAAAGUUGUAGCGACUGCUAUCGAUAAUUUUGGCCGCGUGGACAUACUCGUGAACAAUGCUGGUAUCCUUCGUGAUGUUUCUUUUGCUAAGAUGACUAAGGCUCACUGGAAUCAAGUGCUCGACGUGCAUCUUCAAGGAACGUUUGCCGUGACUCAUGCGGCGUGGCCUUACAUGCGUAAACAAAAAUAUGGUCGCAUUAUUGUAAUCACGUCGGUAAAUGGUCUGUAUGGUCAGUUUGGCCAGGUCAAUUACUGUUCCAUGAAGGCUGCAAUGACUGGGUUUGGCAAAGCACUUGCCAAGGAAGGUGCACGGUCAAACAUCAAGGUGAAUAUCGUGGCCCCAGGUGCUGGGUCGAAGAUGACCGAGUCUAUCUUGCCCGCAGAACUUGUUGCCAAAUGGAAACCCGAGUAUGUAGCCCCAACGGUCGCGUUUUUGUGCCAUGAGUCAGUCCCAUGCUCGGGCAAAAUUUUCGAAAGCGGUGGUGGAUUUGUCGCACAGGUCAAGUAUGUGCGCAGUGCUGGUGUGUUUUUCGACUUGGAGAAGGAGAUUACACCCGAGGCUGUGCAAGCUAAAUUUUCCUCAAUUACGGACUUCAGUCAUGCCACGGAUCCUGAUGACGAUAAAGUCACACCACAGCUACAGCAGAUUUUGAAUGCUAAGCUAUGA